AUGAAGACUAACCCAGAUCUCAUGAGCACAACUGCACAGUACAUCCUGAGGGUCAGCUACCGGCGGCGGCGAGCUCGUGGGGAGCCCGAGGCGGGGCCUGGCCUCACCGUGUCUCGCUUGCUGUCUCCAGAGGCCGUCGCGGUGGAUCCUGCGCCCUUCUGUCACUGCGUGAUUCCCCGCUUCAUCCGCAGCCCGGGCUUCCUGGACGGGCUGCACCAGGAGCUCGCGAGCCUGGAUUUCCGUGAGAAGAGCAACGACUUGUACAAGUUCAAACAGUCUGAUGAUCUGAGGAAGAGGAAAGAGCCUUACAUCUCAGCAUUAAGGAAAGUUCUGUUUGAAGAGUUCCGAGAGUGGGUGUCUGCAGUUAUCCAGGUGGAGCUGGAACCAACCAUUGACUUGUCCUGUGCGAAGUAUGAGUAUACAGACACCCUGCUAUGCCACGACGAUGAGCUGGAGGGACGGAGAAUUGCUUUCAUCCUGUACUUGGUUCCACCAUGGGAGAAGAGCGACGGGGGCACUCUGGACCUGUACAGCACAGAUGGCCACUUUCAGCCGCAGGAGGUCGUCAAGUCAUUAGUCCCUUCGUGGAAUUCUCUGGCCUUCUUCGAAGUGUCUCCAGUCUCUUUCCACCAGGUGUCUGAAGUUCUGACUGAAGGGAAGUGCCGCUUGUCCAUCAGUGGCUGGUUUCAUGGCCCAUCAGUGGCAAGGCCUCCGCGCUACAUUGAAUCCCUUUUGCCCCGGAGUCCACAUAUCCCAUUUGAUCAUGAAAUCUUAUAUGAAUGGAUCAACCCGGUUUACUUGGACAUGGAUUCCCAAGCCCAGAUCCAGGAGGAAUUUGAGGAGCGAUCAGAGAUUCUCCUAAAGAACUUCCUUAAGGGAGAGAAGUUGCAGCUUGUAUGUGAAGCUUUGCAAAAAGAAGACAUCAGAUGGAGCAGCCAAGGCCCCCCCAAUAAAAGAUAUUACCACAAAGCUGAGGAGGGGAGCCUUCCAGACAUACUGAGGAAGUGCCUGGAGUUUUUACGCUCUGAGGCCUUGUUCUUGCUGCUCUCCAACUUCACAGGCCUGAAGCUGCAUUUCCUGGCUUCCUCUGAGGAUGAGACAGAAGAAGGAAAGGCCACAAAUUCUGCUGGUCACAAACCCAAGCAAGGAGAAACCAGUCAGGAGGCCAAUGGUGGGGUUGACCAAGUAGAUCAGCCUGCAACUGGCCCCCAGAUUGAAGGUGCUAGAAAGAACAGUUCAAGUGUCCCCCUGUGCAUGGGAGAGUUAAGGCACUGGACAAAUGGUCACUACACUCUAGUCCAUGAUACCCAAAUGACGGAAUUUGCCCUGGACCUGCUGUUCUUCUGUGGUUGUGAAGAUUGGGACGCAGAAUAUGGCGGCUUUACAUCCUACAUUGCAAAGGGUGAAGAUGAAGAGCUGCUGACAGUGAUUCCAGAGAACAACUGCUUGGCUUUGGUUUACAGAGACACAGAGACUUUGAAAUUUGUAAAGUAUAUAAACCACCGUAGCUUGGAACAUGUCAAAAAUCAUCAGAGUAGAGCUGGAUUCUGGGACUUCUCUUUCGUCUACUAUGAGUGAUGGCACUGGGUAUGGCUAUCUAAUACAGUGAUGGGUUUGGAAUGGUCUCCUGGGCUGGUUUCUUAGUUGGAUCACUUGUAAUGCAGGGAUUGGGUGGGGCCAUGUAAUGAGCCUGUGUGUGAUUUAGGCUGAGAGCUAAUUUCACCAGUAACUGUUAUAGAGGUGCUGAAGUCCAAGUGACUUUUUUUUCCCCAAAUGAUUCCUUGUAGUAACAAACGGAAGCACCAUUCUACUGUCCCCUGUUAACUCUUAUACAUUCUGGUGCCGCUCCUCCAGAGGGAGGCUUAGCAUGGCUCCAUCACACUCCAUUCUUAACCAACUGCUUUACGUAGCCUUCCAACCCAGCAGUGAAUUUACAUCUUGCCAUGGUGCAAAUCAAGACUUUGUGUAAACCCAAAUCACUACUGCUACCAGAACUGCAUGGAUUUGUACUCUGAAGCCGUCAUCAGGAAAGAACCAGACUUUGUUCCAAACACGGGCUUCCUGAGAUCCAAGCCACAUGUCUGCUGGGGCUUGCUGCAUUUACUAUUUCUCAUUGCAGAGAGAACAAUGGGUGCUGCCGUAUAAAUUUUCGUAUUGGCCAGGGAGCUGGUGGGUAAAAGAGAAAAGCUUGUGAAAGUAUCUAAGACGUGGGCUUUUUUUUUUUAAAUGAAAAAUGUGAAGCUUUGCAUAUCUAGAUGGCGAAGGGGAUAGUUGAGGGGGAGGCUUGAGCCUCAAUGUACUUGACCUGAUCAAAGAACAAACCUGGAGUGUUUUGGUGGGAAGGGGAGGAUAUAAUCAGGGAUUCCAAUAACCUAGGUACUGGUGAAAAGCACAGUUAAGGGCUUCUUCCUCUUUCUUGGCCCUUGGGCAAAUAUUCCCCAUAUGGAGGGAAAUUAGCCUCUAUGGGCUGUACAAAAUAAAAUAAUCUGUUCUCCAAAAA